AUCUGAUGACCCAAAUUAUGUUUUGUUUCUACUACAUAUAUACAUGUAUAAUACAGGGAAAUUAUAUUAUUAUUGAAGCCAAUAACCAUAUACCCAAACUACCAUGAACUACCUACUACUUCUUCUACUUGCUUUCUUAGCUUGUGCAAGCAUUCAUGUUCUAAUAAUCUUCAUCUUAGGCACCAAAAAAUCCAAAUCCUCUAAGGAUCCACCAGGGCCUAACCCUUUUCCAAUCAUAGGAAACAUCUUAGAACUUGGUAAUCAACCUCACCAAUCACUUGCUAAGCUUUCUCAAAAUUAUGGACCCAUAAUGAGCCUAAAUCUUGGUAGCAUAAAAACUAUAGUUAUAUCCUCGCCAAAAUUAGCUAAAGAAAUUCUCCAUAAACAUGACCUAAUCCUCUCUAAUAGAUCAAUCCCAGAUACUAUUAGAGCACUUGAUCAUCACAUAUUUUCAAUGGUGUGGAUGCCACCUACAAAUCAAUGGAGGAUUCUUAGGAGGGCUUGUGCUAACAAAGUGUUCUCACCCCAACUUCUUGAUUCUACACAAAUUCUUCGUCAAAAGAAGGUGCAAGAAUUGUUGGAUUUUGUGAAGGAAAAAAAUGAAAAACGCGAAACUUUAGAUAUUGGUGAGGCUGUUUUUAUAACUGUACUUAAUUCUAUAUCAAACACUUUUUUUUCUAUGGAUUUGGGUUAUUACAAUAGUUCUAAUAAGCCACAAGAGUUCAAGGACAUAUUUUUUGGUAUUAUGAAAGAAGCUGGAAGGCCAAAUGUUGUGGAUUUUUUCCCAAUGCUUCGCAAGCUUGAUCCACAAGGUGCACGUGCAAGGAUGAACAAAUAUUUUGGAAAGUUGAUUGAUUUUUUUGAUGGUCUUGUUGAAGAAAGGUUAGGAAGGGAAAGGAAAUUAUCUAACGAUGUGUUAGAUUCUUUGUUGGAAGUCAUGAUGGAAGACAACUCACAAGUUACCCGCCCUCAUUUAUUGCAUUUAUUUUUGGAUUUAUUUAAUGCUGGAAUAGACACAACAAGCAGUAUGAUAGAAUGGACAAUGGCAGAACUUGUACGUAAUCCAAAAGAAUUAAAAAAAGUAAGAGAAGAGCUUCAUCAAGUUCUUGGAAAAGAACAACAAAUUGAAGAAUCACAUAUUUCAAAGCUUCCAUUUCUAAGAGCAGUUGUGAAAGAAACGUUUCGCUUGCACCCACCAGCUCCAUUACUACUACCACAUAAGUCACCACAAGAGGACAUUGAAAUAUGUGGUUUCAUGGUGCCUAAAAAUGCACAAGUUUGGGUUAAUGUAUGGGGCAUGGGAAGAGAUUCAAGUAUUUGGACAAACCCAAAUGAAUUCAUGCCUCAAAGAUUCUUGGAGAGUAACAUUGAUUUUAGAGGCAACGAUUUUGAAUUGAUUCCUUUUGGAGCUGGAAGAAGAAUUUGCCCUGGAUUGCCAUUAGCUUUUAGAAGUGUUCAUAUUGUGUUAGCUUCUCUUCUAUAUGGAUAUGAUUGGAAACUCCCAAAUGAAUUAGAGGCAAAGGAUAUUGAUAUGUCUGAAAAUUUUGGGAUUACCUUGCACAAAGCCCAACCUCUUCAAAUUAUUCCCAUAAAAUCAUAAUACUUAAGAAGAUUAGGGUUUGCAGCCGAGGCCUUGGUUCAAUGGCAGCAUCACCUGCCUCGUUGGGAGCUGCACCCGGGUUCGAAUCCUCAUUAAGGAAUAUAGAACCCGUAUUAAUAGUGUACCCAUGUAGUGUGUGUGAGUGUGUUGUGUGAGUGUGUAAUACAUGGAUGUAAUACUUAGGAUUGGGGUUGUCCAAUCCAUUUGACAAAAAAAAAAAAAAAAGAAGAUUAGGGUUUGAUUAAGCUAAGUUAAUAAAUGUAAGAGAAAAA